ACUCUCUCCCGAAUCCCACUACACUUUGGCCUUUUUCAACUCUCUCUCUCUCUCCUAUGGAACCACCGCCUCCUUCUCUCUCCUCCACCGUCGUUCCCGCAGCCACCUCUUCUAUACCUCCUCCUCCUCCUCACGUGCCAUCAUCUUACCCCGAGUCUCUAGACUCCUCCCCAAAAUCCCGCACCACCGAUGCCUGGGACGAUCUUCCUCCUCCCGCUGGCGCCGCCUCUUCCAAACUCCGUCUCAUGUGCAGUUACAACGGCCACAUCCUUCCCCGCCCGCACGACAAGUCGCUCUGUUACAUGGGCGGCGACACUCGCAUCAUUGCCCUCGACCGCACCUCCUCCCUCUCUUCUCUCAUCACUCGUCUCUCCAACACGCUACUCAACGGCCGCUCCGUCACGCUCAAGUAUCAGCUACCCAGCGAAGAUCUUGAUUCUCUAAUCUCCCUCACCACCGAAGAGGAUCUCGAUAACAUGAUCGAGGAGUAUGACCGUACCAUCAGUUCCGCUAAACCCUCGCGUCUGCGUUUGUUUCUCUUCACGGCGAAGCCUGAAGCUACGCAAUCGAUGGGUCAGAUUCUAGAGAGUUCGGCUAAGAGUGACGAUUGGUUCCUCAACGCUCUCAAUAGAGGUUCCGACGUCAAUCGUUUACUUGGCUUGGACGAUGCCGGAGACAAAGAUGACGAUUGUAAACAGCAGCAGCAGAAGCAACAGAUUCAACAGCCUCCGCCUCCGCAGCAAGGAGGUCAAGAUGUGCAUAACUUGCCGGACUCUCCGAUGUUGGAUACAUCCUCCUCCUUUGGAUCAACUUCUUCCUCCCCUUCGCUCGCGAAUCUACCUCCGAUUCGUGUCCAUGUAGAGGAAGCUAAGGGGAUGCAGGAUCAGAGGCUUGGAAUCGAAGAACAGUUCGCACGAUUCAACGUCGGGAAUAAGAUUCAAGACGACGGGUUUGCAGCGAUCUCGUCUCCACCGCCGAUGCCUGUGACUAUCACUCUUCCUGCUGCUCCGGUGAAUGCUACAACCGUCUCAAGUGAGGUCUUCUCCGACGACGGUGCUCCGGCUGGAUACAGAAAGCCUCCGACUCCACGUUCACAGCCUACUCAUCAGGUGAAAUCGGUGCCGUCACCCGAUUCCGUUUCCAGUGAUAGCAGCAUGAACAAUUCUGUGUUUCAUCAAAGACCUUCUGUUUACCAAGAGCCUGUUUCUCAGAUGCCUUCUUGUUCUUCCACUGUAGUUACUGGUCUGAUUAAUCCCUCAGAUCCAAACACACUCUUAUCUCAUAAUCAAAAUCAGAAUCGGAAUCAGGACUCGGGCUACAUCCUUCACCCUCAACAGCAACAGUUCAUACACGCACCUCAGUACCUUCAUCACCAUCCCUCUACUGGCCUUCCUGUCCAAAGUUACAUCCAGGUUUACCCUUCCCAGCCUCAGCAGUCCUUCCACAUGCACCCUAGUCAACUAGAUCACCAGCCUUACCCCUUUUAUUAUGCCACUGCUCCAGUCCCACCUAAGCCUUACAAUAUUCCUCUCACCCAAUCUGGCAGUGUGAGUGAUUCUCUAGGGUCUCUCCCUUCUAGCCAUCCCCAGACGCUGCCUAAUUCCACCAUGAUGGCUCCACCACCAAACAAUCAUUUGAGAAAUACUCCGCAAGCUACGGGUGGUGCUCAGAUUGUUCACCAGGUACCACCUAUAAGUCAGCAGCAAUUCAUGGGGUAUUCUCAGAUUCAUCACCCACCCCAGUCUGGUUCAGCUGGGAUUCCCAACUAUGGAUAUGAAUAUGUGGAAAAUGCGCCUAAGCAGGUAUACUACACGCAACAGAUGGGUCACGCACAGUAUCAGACAAUGACCGGGCCUCCACCUGCCAUGGUGUUGCCUGAUGGCUUUCCUGUUGCUGCUAAGCUUCCAGCUGAGAACAUGACUCAACAGAUCCAGAGUUCACACCCAUUGUGACACACAAGGAAGAUGGAUAACAAUUUUGGAUGAAGGAACUCGGGUUGGUUUCGGAACAUAUAAAUGUAUAUCUUUUUUUUUUCUCUCUUAUUUUCUAAGUUGCUGCAUCUAUCAAGUGUCUAGUUUCAUGUUUGUUUAUGGACUAUGUCAAAAUGUGUUGUGUGAGUAAGUAUAAGGUAGUAGUGUUGCUUCUUUGUAAUUUACAUUAUAGUUACGAUGGAUACUGGUUUCCUGGAUCUUAUAUCAUAUUAUUGUCAUU